GAAGCUAACAUGAACAUUAGCCAAAUUAUUUCCUACUGGGGGUACCCCAGUGAAGAAUAUGAUGUUGUAACAGAAGAUGGCUUCAUUCUUGGAGUUUACAGGAUCCCUCAUGGGAAAAUAAACUCCAGUAGAAAAGGUCCAAGGCCAGUGGUAUAUUUGCAGCAUGCCAUGUUUACAGACAAUGCCUCCUGGCUCCUGAACCAGCCCAACAAGAGUUUGGGUUUUCUUCUAGCAGAUGCUGGGUAUGAUGUGUGGAUGGGCAACAGUCGCGGCAACACUUGGUCAAGAAGACAUAAGACCCUUUCAGCAGAGCAAGAGGAAUACUGGGCCUUCAGUUUUGAUGAAAUGGGCAGGUAUGACCUACCAAGUGUGAUCAACUUCAUCGUAAAAAGGACUGGGCAGAAGAAGAUGUAUUUUAUUGGCCAUUCCCUAGGCACAACCAUAGGAUUUGUUGCUUUCUCCACUUUUCCAGAAGUGGCCCGAAGAAUCAAAAUGAACUUUUUUCUGGGACCGGUGGCUACAUUUAAAUACCCCAAGAGCGUUUUUUCCAAUUUUUUUCUCCUUCCACAGUCAGUCAUCAAGGCUCUACUGGGGAAAAAAGGCUUCUUUUUAGAAGAUAUGAAACAGAAAAUGACUACUUCUAAAUUGUGCAAUGGGAAAAUCUCCUCCUGGAUAUGUACUGACUUUCUCUCCUUGUGGGCUGGACAGGACAGCAAAAAUCUGAAUGUGAGUCGAACUUCCAUCUACCUUUCACGUUCUCCCACUGGGACAUCCACACAGAACAUUCUCCAUUUCAAACAACUUUUCAGAUCAGAUGAGUUCAGAGCUUACGACUGGGGUAGUGAGAUGGAGAACAUUCGUCACUACAACCAGAGCAUCCCCCCACUCUAUGACUUGACUACCAUGAAGGUACCCACAGCCAUCUGGGCUGGAGGACAGGAUCUGCUUGCUGACCCUCUCGAUGUGGCCAUGCUGCUCCCCAAAAUCAAGAAUCUCCAUUUCUUCGAGUUGCUGCCAGACUGGAACCAUGUAGACUUCAUCUGGGCCAUUGAUGCACCCCAACGCGUAUACAGUAAAAUCCUCUCUCUGAUGGAGCAGAAUCCAUGA